UCGUCGACCGUCAACCGCGACGAACAACGGGACGCAGUGAAAGGCAAAGUGCCGGAAAACAAGAAAAAAAUUUACUUGCGCCUGUGCUCAGUGUUAUUAGGCUCGGAAAACGCUGUCUACGAAUUGGCCGCCAGAAUGGAUCCGAUUGCGUUUAAAGAUUUCUCCAAAGAAAUGACCGAGUAUAUAGUAAAUUAUUUGGAGAACAUAAGAGAAAGGAGAGUAUUGCCGAUAGUAGAGCCAGGCUACAUGAAACCUCUACUCCCUGACGAGGCACCUCAGCAUCCAGAAAACUGGCAAGACAUCAUGGGUGACCUCGAAAGAGUAAUUAUGCCUGGUGUAACUCACUGGCAUAGUCCGAAAUUCCAUGCGUAUUUCCCUACAGCCCAAUCUUAUCCUGCGAUUGUUGCCGAUAUGUUAAGUGGAGCUAUUGCUUGCAUAGGAUUCACCUGGAUUGCAAGCCCAGCCUGUACAGAGCUUGAAGUUAUAAUGCUUGACUGGUUGGGAAAAAUGUUGGAUUUACCAAAAGAAUUUUUAGCUUGCAGUGGUGGCAAAGGUGGCGGCGUCAUACAGGGAACAGCCAGUGAAGCGACAUUGGUGGCUCUCUUAGGCGCUAAAGUAAGAAAAAUUAAACAGAUAAAAGAACAGCAUCCUGAAUGGACAGAAUUCCAAAUAGUCGGCAAACUUAUCGGUUAUUGCUCAGCCCAGGCUCACAGUUCCGUAGAGCGAGCAAGUCUUUUGGGAGGCGUUCAAUUCCGACUUCUUGAAACUGAUUCAAAGCAUCAACUUCGUGGAGAAACUCUCGCCGAGGCAAUAAGGGAAGACAAGGAGAAGGGACUCAUCCCCUUCUAUGUCGUCGCGACCUUAGGCACUACUAGCUCUUGUACCUUCGAUCGCCUCGAUGAAAUGGGACCUGUUUGCCAGAGCGAGGAAAUCUGGUUGCACGUCGAUGCAGCUUAUGCUGGAUCUGCAUUCAUUUGCCCUGAAUUCCGUUACCUGAUGAAAGGCACUGAAAAAGCUGACUCGUUCAACUUCAAUCCACACAAGUGGCUUCUAGUCAACUUUGAUUGCUCACCUCUGUGGUUGAAAGAUCCAACGUACGUGAUAAAUGCAUUUAACGUGGACCCACUGUAUCUGAAGCACGACAUGCAAGGAAGCGCACCUGAUUACCGACAUUGGCAAAUUCCGCUUGGAAGACGCUUCAGAGCCCUAAAGUUAUGGUUCGUAUUGCGAUUGUACGGCGUGGAGAAUCUGCAAAAGUAUAUAAGGACCCACGUGGCUCUGGCUCACGAAUUUGAAUCGCUUCUGUUGUCGGACCCUCGAUUUGAAAUUGUCGAGGAAGUCAUCCUUGGCCUCGUCUGCUUCAGAUUGAAGGGCUCAAACGAACUGAACGAACUGUUACUAAAGCGGAUAAACGGCGCGGGUAACAUUCAUCUGGUGCCGUCGAAGAUCAAGGACAACUUUUUCCUGCGUCUGGCGGUUUGCUCGCGCUUCACCGAGAGCAAGGACAUGCACUAUUCGUGGCGCGAGAUCAAAUUACGCGCCGACGAAAUACUCGAGGAACAAUCGCUCUCCAAGUGAUGGCGCGCCCGCAUAACGCGUAGCUAUCGGGCGCUUUCGCCACCCGUCACCUGCAAUCAGUCCUAAAGCAAUCUUCCCCGCCUGUCUCUCUUUCUCUCUUACGUGAGAUACUCAAUGCUUAAUAUCUAUCCAAAAUCUAUACAAUGAUAUAUGUGUGUGCGUUGAAAAACUCAGCUUUUGGAGCCCCUCGUUACACGUGUUCGUUCAAUGUGCUCGAAGAAAAAUGCUGUAACUUUCAGAAAAGUGUAGUUUUUCAAGUGUUCAGUAUUCAAUGAUCGCGAUGUAUUAGUAUUUGCUCAAGUUCCUUUUAUUGUAAAGUACAACGAACAAGUAUACGAAGUCUUGAAAUAUUGAAAUAAAAAAAUAUGAAUAAGAGCAUAUAUAUCGGAAAUGAUCUUUCAUCUUGUUCUUUUCAUUCGAACAGCAAUACACACAAUCGACUCAUAAAUAUAGUCGUAUAUAUGAAUACCGUUCACGAAUUGUAAAUGUACAAAGGAAGCACUUGUUGAGCUACACACCUAAGCAAACGUUGUCGUAGUUAAGAUUAAUGUAUGAACAAUAUGUAAUUGAAUUAGUGUUUAUCGAGAACGAGCAUGACCAUGCCUACGACUACAUUCGAAAAAUAUUCUUUGUUUUCUUCGCUUGAAUAUUCUUAACGUCGUGUAGCUUCCUUAGCAUUGUAAAAACAAGUUAUCUUAAGAUGCUGAUCAAGUAUUCAUGUCCCACGCUUAUUGUUUUGAAAAAAAAACCGCUGAGUUUAUUAAGCUUAUUAAAAAAUAUUCGUCUUUGUUAUUAUAUAAAUAUAUAGGUGAGCAAGAAAGGAGUAUCUUGUACACACCUACACGUGCUGCAGCUGGGACAAUAAUAGAUUUAGAGUUUUCGUAUAUAUCUUGUAUUCGGAAAACAAGCUGGUUGUUGAUUGCGGGAAAUGUUUAUGUGUGUGCGAUCUAAAUAGUAUUAUCGGGACCAACCGGGAAAGUAUAGAAAAUUUAUCUCUGUUAAAGCAGAAUUUCCUUCGUUCAUAAUAAAAAGUGAUCGUUGCAAUCACGGAAUAUUGUAUUUUCUUACAAAAUCAAAUACUCAUUUUAUUGCUCUUGGAUCUCAUAAUCAUAAUUAAGUAUGUAAAGUUUGUUUGAAAAGAUCGUAAUUUUCGUAUGGCAAUGUUAAAAUUGUAUGACAUUAUAUCUACUACAUUGUGUAACUCAAAAAAAGAAAUAAUAUUUUUGUGUAACAUUUGUAAAGUAGUGAACAUUGUAAACGUAGAAAAAGACGAAAUGUUCUAGAAAUGUUCUUUCUCGUCGUUUUAAUUUAUAGCAUACAAUAUUGUGUAUAUAACUCAUAAGUUAUCAAAAGUGACCAAGUAUAGAGUGUAUUGAAAGAGUUGAGAUGGUUAGCGGCGUCGUUCCGUCUUGCGUUUAAAACUCCAUUAGUUUAUUAAUUUUAGAGCAAACGAAUAAAGUUUGAAAAACUGUAUAAUCAUACUU